CAAUCUACUGAGCCAAUCUGCGUGAUGAUUAUUAUCCGUGUAUAACGAAAUUUACUGUUAUUACUGUAUAACUAGUGGGCUAAGCCAUGAACUGUAAACACUAGAUAAGAGUUUAAACUCAUUUCCGUUCAGAACAAAGCGUAUUCUCCCUUUAUUUCCUAUUAAUAUUAAAGAUUGUUAACUAGUCAAUAUGGAUGGGACCUGGGUGCUUAUCUUGCUAGCUCUGGUGAUGCUGGUGGGCUCCUACGUAGCUGGGAGUAUACCACUAAAUGUGACUAUGUCUGAGGACAAACUCAAAAAAGUGACAGUGUUUGGAGCAGGCCUCCUCGUAGGCACAGCACUAGCGGUUAUUAUCCCUGAGGGUGUCCGCUCCCUGUUCAGCGAACACUCAGCACCGACAGUUGUUACUAAGGACUUUACAGCACAGCCUCCAAUGCAUGAUGAUAAGGAUUUGCACAGUGUUAUUGGGAUUACUUUGGUUCUUGGAUUCGUGUUUAUGCUGCUAGUCGACCAGAUGUCCUCGCGAUACAAUGAGACUGGCAAUCCUCAGGAGAGGAACAUGACUGCCACCGUGGGUCUUGUGGUGCAUGCUGCCGCUGACGGCGUUGCCCUAGGCGCUGCAGCGACCACGUCCCACAGAGAUGUGGAAAUUAUCGUAUUCUUAGCCAUCAUGCUGCAUAAAGCACCUGCUGCUUUUGGACUCGUCACAUUCCUUCUCCACGCUGGCUUGGACAGAAACCGUAUCCGCAAGCAUCUGCUGAUCUUCUCAUGCGCCGCGCCGCUGCUCGCCAUGCUAACGUAUUUCGGCAUCGGGAAUGAAAGCAAGCAGACACUCAGCGAUUUCAACGCUACUGGUAUAGCGAUGUUAUUCUCAGCGGGCACCUUCCUCUACGUGGCCACGGUACACGUUUUGCCCGAGCUCACCCACUCCUCCCACACACACGCCUUACUAGGGGAGGCGCCUAAGGGCUUCGGGGGUUUGCAGUUCUGCGAGGUACUCAUAUUGACCGUCGGCGCGUUGUUGCCAGCUCUACUCACUAUGGGACAUGAACAUUAGGUACAUCAUACUCUCCCACUCCCAGCCUUACAAGGGGAGGCGCCUAAGGGCUUCGGGGGCUUGCAGUUCUGCGAGGUACUCAUAUUGACCGUCGGCGCGUUGUUGCCAGCUCUACUCACUAUGGGACAUGAACAUUAGGUACAUCAUACUCUCCCACCCACACGCCUUACUAGGGGAGGCGCCUAAGGGCUUCGGGGGUUUGCAGUUCUGCGAGGUACUCAUAUUGACCGUCGGCGCGUUGUUGCCAGCUCUACUCACUAUGGGACAUGAACAUUAGGUACAUCAUACUCUCCCACCCACACGCCUUACUAGGGGAGGCGCCUAAGGGCUUUAGGGGCUUGCAGUUCUGCGAGGUGCUCAUAUUGACCGUCGGCGCGUUAUUGCCAGCUCUACUCACUAUGGGACAUGAGCAUUAGGUACAUCAUAUUCUCCCACCCACACGCCUUCCUAGGGGAGGCGCCUAAGGGCUUCGCGGGUUUGCAGUUCUGCGAGGUGCUCAUAUUGACCGUAGCCGCGUUGUUGCCAGCUCUACUCACUAUGGGACAUGAGCAUUAGGUACAUCAUAUUCUCCCACCCACACGCCUUCCUAGGGGAGGCGCCUAAGGGCUUCGGGGGUUUGCAGUUCUGCGAGGUGCUCAUAUUGACCGUAGCCGCGUUGUUGCCAGCUCUACUCACUAUGGGACAUGAACAUUAGGUACAUCAUACUCUCCCACCCACACGCCUUACGUGACGUUUUUAACUAAAAGGUACCACAUUGUCGGUUGUCAAUAAGGUUGAUUUCAAAUUCAAUCUUUAUGGAGAUAGCACCUUAUUGACAAGCGACAAUAAGUACCCUUUUAGUUGAGAAUGGCACAUAUGAAGGCAUUUGUUUGACUACUAUAUGUAUAGGGUGUCCCUAAAAGUAUGAUUAGAUCUAUAUUUUUGAAGACAUCCCAUAAUUUCUUUCUAAUUAGAAAUUUUUGUACGAAUUUAGGCGAGUGUAUUAUGGUUUAAGGGCGUCACACACGGCGAAGGUAUUAUAACAUUUUAUCUUAAGAUGCCUGGAUAGAAAAUAUAGUAUCUUAAGGUAUCACACACGGUUUAAGAUACGAUAAGUAGAUCCGCUCGAUAUCUUAAGAUAGUGUAAUAAUUGUAAUAUUAUUGUAUCCUUGUCGUUUGUAUCAUGUUGCGAUAUAUUUUGUAUCUUAAGAUAUCAUGUUAAGAUAUAUCUCGCACCUUAAGGCAUCUUCGCAUUGCUAGCCAUCUUAACAUAUAAUCUCCGUAUCUCUCGAUAUCUUAUGACACUGUAACAUGAAAAUAUGUCAUAACCGUCUGUGAUGGUUCAUAUAAAAUGUAUAGCGAGCUAUUUUAUGUUAAGGGGAUCCCAUGCCCCAAUGACCUUCGAUCUGAAUCCCUUAGUUUUCUAAUGUUUUUUGUAACUUAUCAAUCUUAUCAUAUUAACAACAACGGCUUUAAGCAAUAUAGUAUCCCAUGUUUACUUCGAGAUAUUUGGCGUUUACUUCAAACUUCAUUGUUUUCGAGAUAUUUGGCACAGGGACCGGCCCGCUAUCCCUUAUCGGGGUUUUAUAAGGGUAUUGCAUAAGGCUUAACUCACCAUACCCUUUGCCAGACGAAACCCUUUGUUUUGCUUUUAAAAAUCCUUAUAUAAAGCUACCACAUUUGAGUAAUCGGUAGCCCAAAUACCCUUACAAAACCCUUAUCAUCCGCUCACCAACACCUUGCAUAUUGCUUAUAAGGGUUAGCCUUAUAAAGGGCUUCCCUUUUAGCAUAUAAGCGUGCUAAUUUAAGUCGUCUACCUUGUUCAUAAAGCACACAUUACUUCGAAUCCGAGCGAUCGUCAGCGGCGACGGCGGCGUUCUUUGACUAGGCACGUAUUUUCUUUCCUUUUCAU